AGGAGGAUCCACUCCACUCCACUCCACACUCUCCAUGUUGGAACCGAGCAACUUCUCCCGCAACCGUCCGCCACAGCCCCUUCACCAGGCCGGCUGCCUCUCACACACACAGCCCCCUGUGCUAUGACUCCGGACUCCGGGAAAGGAGGCCGUGAAACAACUGUGUGAGCGCAUUAACCCCGGUCGACAAAGAGGUGGAAUAAGCAGAGAUGUUUGCGGCUCCCUUAGGACCGGGGCUGAGCGGGGUGGGGCCUUAGCACGGUGGUGUGACCAGGAGGAGCACGGGAAGCGGAGAGAGACUCGGGGUGAGGCGAGCUGCUCCAACAAAGGCCCGUGGAUGCUGUGUCUCCUGCGGCUCAGGUGAAAGUUAGUGUGGGGAACGAUGUCUCUUUCAGAGGACGAGCAGGAGGAGGUUGUCAAGAUGAAGGAGGAGAAUUUGUUCCAGCGGAGGUUUUCUCUGUGCCAGAGUGCCACCUCCCCGCCAAAAAUUGACCCCCGCACCCUCACCAGAAACCUUUCCUAUGGAGGAGACAACGACCUCUACAGCCUCAGUCCAGGCAGUGAGACAGACAGGAAUGGUCUCUCCAUGCUGAAUAAUGAACUUAGUCCUGCCCAAUCACCAGGCAGCAAGUCUGAGUCCAGGAUGUUUAAUGGUGUUGAGAAGGAGUGCCCCUCCCCCACAGAGAAGCUGGCCCGGAAGGAGUCUCUCAAGCUCCAGAAGCAGAAUUACAGGCAGGAGAAGAAACGGGCAGCUAAGGAACUGUCCACUGCUCUUAAGGACCCCAGCGUGGUCAUCAUGUCCGACUGGCUGAAGAUCCGCGGCUCUUUAAAGAGUUGGACCAAGCUGUGGUGCGCCCUGAAGCCCGGGGUGCUUCUGAUCUAUAAGACGCCCAAGUCCGAGCACUGGGUGGGAACCAUCCUGCUCAGUGCGUGCAAGCUGAUUGAAAGACCCUCCAAGAAGGACGGCUUCUGCUUCAAGCUCUACCACCCGCUGGACAAAUCAAUCUGGGCUGUCAAGGGUCCCAAAGGAGAGAACGUUGGCUCCAUCACGCAGCCUCUACCCAGCAACUACCUGAUCUUCAGGGCAGCGUCUGAGUCUGACGGCCGGUGCUGGAUGGACGCCCUGGAGCUGGCUCUCAGCUGCUCCAGUCUCUACAAGCUGACAGCCAAAACUGGGAAAGAAGGAGAUAUCAGCAUGUCUUCGGAGUCCUCCCAUAUACUCCACCUGCUGCAGGCGACUGCACUCACUGAUACGGAGCUGCUACAGUUGAACGACACGGUGCUGCUGGGCAAUCACCACAUGGAGCACGACGGCUUUUCAGAUAAAUCGGAGCGCGAGGCCCACGACGACUGGGACACGACGGCCAAUGAGAACGGCGGGAGGCUGACGGAGGAGAGCGACAUGGACCAAUCAGACGAGCUGUCCCCGGGGCCACAGGCCACAGCCUACGUAGAGCAGAGCACAGAGGAGAUGGCCGAGGCUGGGGAAGCGUCCCAGGUAGAAACGGUUUCAGACGAGAACAAAGGUCUGAUCUGGGGUUUGCUGAAGCAGCUUCGGCCGGGGAUGGACCUCUCUAAGGUGGUGCUGCCGACCUUCAUCCUGGAGCCGCGCUCCUUCCUGGACAAGCUGUCUGACUACUACUACCACGCUGACCUGCUCUCACAAGCUGCUCUGGAGGAGAGUGCGUAUGGUCGCAUCAAGCAGGUUUUGAGAUGGUACUUGUCUGGCUUCUACAAGAAGCCCAAGGGUCUGAAAAAGCCUUACAACCCGAUCCUGGGGGAGACAUUUCGCUGCUGCUGGCUUCAUCCUCAGAGCGACAGCUGCACUUUCUACAUAGCUGAGCAGGUGUCACACCAUCCGCCCAUCUCCGCCUUUUACGUCUGCAACAGGAAGGAUGGUUACUCUAUCAGCGGAAGCAUCCUGGCCAAGUCCAAGUUCUAUGGUAACUCUCUGUCUGCCAUCCUGGAUGGUAAAGCCAGGCUGCUGUUCCUGAGCAGGGAUGAGGAGUAUGUCAUCACUAUGCCCUACGCUCAUUGCAAAGGUAUCCUGUACGGCACCAUGACGCUAGAGCUCGGAGGGAAAGUCACCAUUGAGUGUGAGAAAACAAAAUGUUUCACAGAGCUGGAGUUCAAACUGAAGCCUUUCCUUGGAGGCUCCUGCUCUGUCAAUCAGAUCAGUGGGAAGAUCUUUGUAGGAGAGGAGCUGCUGGCCACUGUUGAUGGACACUGGGACGGUGAGGUGUUUCUGUACGAGAAGCGAUCGGGCCAGCAGAAGUCGUUGUGGAACCCGAGUCCGGAGAUUCGCAGCAGUCGCCUCAAGAGACAAGUGGUGCAGUUGGAGCAGCAGGGAGAGUUUGAGUCUGAGAGACUGUGGCAGCACGUGACCGCCGCCAUCAUGGACCGGGACCAACACCGAGCCACCCAGGAGAAGUUCGUGCUGGAGGAAGCUCAGCGGAAGGAGGCAAAGGAGAGAGGAGACAAACCCUGGGUCCCACGACUCUUCCACCAGGACCCCGUCACGUCCGAGUGGACGUACAGGCACAUGGACACACGACCGUGGGACCCUGAGGUCUGUCUGGUUCAGUUUGAGAAGGACGGUGUGGUUCAGACACACGAGAAAAGCCUGAGACGACACAACGGACUCUCCUACAGCCACAGCUGGGCCAGCCAACAGAAGGCCGAACUGAACGGGAAGCGCAGGAAGGCCAGCAGCCAGCCGUCCAGCUGCAGCCAGAACACCGAGAGCAGCAGCACCACGCCAGAGCCCACGCACGAGUCCUCGGACAACGAAGGCUUUUCAAACCAGUGUGCCCGGUGCAGUAAAGAGGUGAAGGACAUCGCCCUCAUAGAGGCCUCCAUCACGUCUAUACAGAAGACACAGCAGGACAUCCAGAGGAACCUGGUGGCUCUGAGUCAUCAGCUGGCUCGUCAGAGGGCGACGGACGACGGCGUCUCGUUAACCGGCCGCCACUGUCUCGUGCUCUGCGUCCUGCUCCUCUCCCAGCUCCUCCUCAACUACGUCUUCACUUGAAACAGCUCCUCAGGGGGAGGGCGAGCCCCUCCUCCUCCACCCUCCCCCCCCUCUCCACCCUAUCCCCCACCCCACCGGCGCCGAUCUGUCAUUAAAUCCCUCCGAAAAGCACAGACUCGAAUCAGCGGAAGGGGAGAGAGACUUCAGAUCAGAUCAGUGUCCGGAGGGCGACUUUAUCCCUUUUUCUUUUUUUUUUUAUUUCCUCCUCCAAAAAAAAAAAAAAAAGAGGGGCACGGACAUUAUAGCAAUAAACACAGCCACCGCCUGUCAGUCAUCUGCAGAGAGGAACAGCACCCCCUAGUGUAGCCAGACUGAAACAGCACCGGCACCCACGCACUUUGGACAGGAGACGAUUAAAAAAAAACAAGAAAAUAAUUUAAAAAAAUAAACAACAAAAUGUACGAUAGAGGUGAAGAAUGAUUUUGCAAAAAGAAAUGACAGAGAGGAUGUUUCACCAUUCCUUAGUGUCUUUUUAUAUUGCCCUGCAAUACUGUUUAUCUGUGUGUGUGUGUGUGUGUGUGUGCCUGUGUGUGUGCGUGUGAAUGCGUGUGUUUGUGUUUGUAACUACAGUUGGCCCUAUGGGCGCAGGCAGAUCACCGCUUGGACUUCUCCCACUACCCUUCCAGUCCAGAUUCUGGGCCUUAACGCUGAAGCCAAAAAAGAAGAAGAAGAAGAAGAAAAUCACAACAUAUACAAAUGAAGAAAUCUUCUAACAGUGCAAUUGUGUGUUUUGUAUAUUGAUGUUCGCCCAAAUACACUCUGCCCCGUCUUUUAUCGAUGAGGAGGAUUUUACCAAAACAGUAUUUAUAAUCCGAGAGGACAAAGAGUACUUGUUUACAGGGAGCCCUGCGUGUUUGUUGUGACACAUCGGGAGGGAGGACGUCGUGCGGCGGGAGGGCGGGGGUGAGGCAGAGGCAGGGCAGACAGCCAAACAGAGUGUCUUUGUAUUUGUGUGCCUGUAGUGCCGUAGAAUAGCACUGCUUCAGUCUCGACCACGACACUAGUGUGUACAAUCAAGUUUGGAAGAUGUGGAGGAAGGGACGAGUUGGGCCUAACGGAAGGGGUUCGUGUGUUCAUCUGGGUCUACACAAUGUUCAAAGUGACAGUUUUAGAUGUAAACACUUUUUUUUUUUUUUUUUCUCCUUUUAAUCAAUUUGUAUAUAUUUGUCAGUCUGUUUCAAAAAGAGAUUUCAGAAUGUAUUUAUUGUGUGAUUAACCGUGACUUUUCCUGAUCUGAAUCGGCUCGGAGGACAGAGUCCAGGGGCGACAAUCGCUCUCCCAGCGGAGGUUGUGUGGGUUUGUCUGUUUCUGUGUGCGUGCGUGCACAUGUGCGAGUUAAGCCAUUAUCGGUCGCGCUAUAAACGAAGCCAGGUCUGUGAUCUUGGUUCAAACUUGACUUUUAAGCCCUUGAAUUUCAGCCGGAGAGCACAAGAAGGACAGGUCGACUCUGUGAAUGCUUUUUAUUUUACACCUUCAUUUGUUUAUUCUGUUUCACUAUCAUCCUGUUUUCUACUCUGCUGCCAUGUUGUGGGGAUUCUACAUGCCACACCAUUUUUUUUUUUUUGUCAUAUGGAACAAAAACUACAGAGAACACGAGGACGGUGUUUUCAUUCAUACCUGUUGCAUACUGUAGCACUACAGUAAAACGUUUUAACCUUGA